CGCGUGUCGGUUGGCUCCCUCAGCGUCGCGCGUCUCUUCGCUCUGACAGCCUCGUGCCUCUGUUCUUGCCGGUAGCGUCGCGCUUCUGUCCCCAGGGAGCGGCUUAUUUUUCUCCCGGCUUUGGGACAGGGCAAAAAAAAAAAAAAAGCUUUUAAGAGUGCGAAGAGUUGAGGUUAUCUCACAAUGUCUGGUGAGUCGGGUCAGCCUGAGGCUGGACCCUCCCACGCUGGCCUUUACUGGCCUCACCCCGAAAGAGAUAGGGCUGGGGUCCCAGGAGGAGUGAUCCGAAGGGCUGGUGACCAGAGGCACAGGUCCUGGAUCGAAAAGGUUAUUGAGCAGAUAACCGGCUCCCCUAAACAGUGUGUCUCCCUAACGGAAGUGGUGCCUGUCACUGUACUGGCCGUCCAAAGAUACCUUUUAGAGGAUGAGCCACGGGACACAGUGCCCAGGCUUCCCCUUUACUGCUAUGAUGUGACCAUCUCCGACGGGGUGUACCAAGAGAAGUGCUACUUAGACCCCAGCUUAAACUUUCUCGUUUAUCAGAAUAUUCUUAAAGUUGGCAUAGAAAUGAGAAUUUCCAGAGUCUCGUGUCUUUACAACGAGAAAAGAUUGGGCCAAGGAAUCCUGUGCAUAGAUAAGGUCCACUGUGGGGAGCCCCUAGAUUAUGUUUCUGUAGAAACUCCAUUUAGAAACAGAGCGCAUGAGGAAAAGCCAGAGAGGCCUCUGAGAGGCGGCAGGAGCCACUACCUGGCUCUAUGGAACAACGAAGAUCCAUAUGGAGAUAUCUGGAAGGUCAACAAGCAACCUGAGGACUUCAACUUUAACAACACCAAAAUAAUCUCUCUCUCUCAUCUUGAAAUGACCUGGAAUAAUAGAAAGAAUUUUCCUGCCUUGCUUGUGAGGAUCCUGCAUAAAUCAAAACUGCGAUACUGUGGGAAACCUAAUAAAAGGCUGAUUGAGCCAUAUCAGACCUAUUUGGAAGUUGCUGACAAUUCCGGCAUAGUGUCAGUGAUUAUGUGGAAUGCUAUGUGUCCAGAGUGGUAUAAAAGUUUGAGAGUGGGCUUGGUUCUUCUGCUUCAAGAUUAUUCUGUGAAGAAGAGCUACCCAUUCAGAAUACAGCCUGACCCUGUGGAUCCACAGAUGAAACUAAUUUCUACAAUGGAGAUCUGCCUGUAUCUUCGAGAUCCUCCAACUAACAUAGUUAUCAUUUCAGAGAAGCACUUGAAAUCAGAAUGGAAAUUGCCAAAACUAAUUAACCGUUUUAUUACAAGAUCAGAACUAGAUGAUAUGCCAGAAAAAGGCAUCUGUGAUGUAGUUGGUGUGUUAUCCUUUGUGGGAAGGGUGCAACGGUCAAAAAAGAGAGAAAACAGUGAAGAUUUUUGGUCAUAUCGCUGGAUUCACAUUGUUGACGGGACUUCAGAGCAGCCAUUUAUAGUGCAGCUGUUUUCUACAUCUCAGCCAGAAGUCUUUGAAAAUAUUUACCCAAUGAAAAAUUUUAUUUGUACCCAGUUGAGAGUUGUUAGAAAUAACAGUCAAGUACCUAAACUGCUUUACCUCACCACUACAAAUGAGAGCCGAGUGUUUAUUACUGGUCAUAGAGGCCAGCCAUAUACAUCUGACACCAAGGUAAAAAAUUUUAUUCGAUGGAUUAAAACAAAGACUGAUUCGGAAGUAAAGAGCACUGUUAUUGGUGGAUAUUACCCUUAUCCACCAGUGCCAGAGACAUUUUCCAAGUAUAGUCGCUUAAGUAAAGCUGAGUCGCUCUUGACAGCUAUAAGUGAAGUGAGGAAGGUGAUUGAAGACUUGCAGUAUAGGGAACAAAAGCGCAUUGCAAUUCAGGGGAUAAUUACUGCUAUAAAGUACAUCCCCCAUAACCAUUCAGCUGAAAGUGCCCCGGCAUCAGAAACACUUCCGGAUGAUAGCCAGCCCUCAACGUCUGAAGCAGCUAGAAGAGAAUGUCAUCAUCAUGAAAGAGGUAGUAAAAGACCUCAAGAUGACAGGCCAGUGGAAUCUCAAUCUACAACUGUGGUUUUCAGUAUCUUUGCCAAAAGAAAAGUUAUUCAAGGCCCAUGUGGUAAUCCGGUUCCUGUGCCUCAGCCACAUUCUUCACAAAUUAAUGGAAGCAAGCACACACCAAGUAUUUUCCACCGUCAAGAAAGUUCAAGUGGUAGUACCACAGGGAAUUCCAGAAGACUAGGAAGUAUUAGAUGGGAGAGUCAGCUGUGGAAAAAUAAGAAGUUUAGCUUAAGAGACCACCUACAUUACAGUCAUGUUUAUCCUGAAAGUAUUCCACGGAAAUUUGUUUUGGAGCAUGGAAAGUUUCUUGCCCAGCAGUAUAAUUCUCAACCUGCAAAAUACAUACCCCCAGAAGGAAGGCCCCCCAGACUUGAUGAAUUUCAGAGUGCACAAAGCCUUGGACAUUUUGAAGUAACCAUCCUAGGUUUGAACCAUGAGAUUGCAAUUGAUGUUGCAUUCCUACCUAUGUAUUCUCCGGAAGAUGUCCAGACAUCUCAAAUAGACACAUUUUUGACCUGCAUGAAUUACAGUUGUGUGUACCCACCAGAAGCACCUGGCAAUGAAAGAGUGCCAGAUCCCAAGGCAAUUGCAGAUGAUAUUGUAAAAGCAGCAGCUGAACUGGAUAGAGUCCACAUCAUCUGUAUCUUGGAUAUCUGUAAUUUGGGUAACAAUAAAGUGGAAGUCUGUUUGCAGAGAAUUUAUACUCCAGAAUAGGCUCCUUAAAGAUUAGCAGACGAAAUAAUUACAGGGUAUAUAUAGAAUACUGCUUUAAAGAGAAUCUAUUAUUUUCUUGGUAUUUUCAUCAGAAUAUUACAUGACCUCUAAAGUUAAGUGGUUUUCAGUUCAUCUUGUAUUUGGUACUCUCACUUCAUAUUAGAUUCAUUAUUGAAAAAAAAACAUCAAGACAGUUUUAUGUCAGAAUUACUUCACUUGUAUGUGACUAUUAUCUUAAUUUGUAACAAUUUAUGUUUUACUGUUCCUUUUGCAAAGUGUAUUUUUAUUCCAACAUCUCAGUACAGUGCAUCUUGGCUAACACAAUUUAACAUCUUCCUGAUUUUAUUCACAUAUGGUGAUAAAUCUUGCUUUACAAAUUCAAGGACUGAAUGAUCAAUUCUCCUAAAGUGAUCACCAAAUUUAUUAUAAGCAAGGUAGUUUUUACCGUGUCCAGAAACCCACACAGAGAUUGUAAUGAUCCACUUGGCCCCCAUCUCUAUAUUUGCUAUAAAAUGAGUAUGUUGAAUUAAGUUGUCAUAAAAAUUUUCAACCUUUUAUUGUGAUUUCCAAUGCCUUGAAGUUUUAAGUAUUUUGACCAGUAUAUAAUGUUAAAGCCAGAGGCUACAGUAUGUAUACAUUCCUACUGUGUUCAUUUGUAAUUUCAGUAUAUGUGAUGUGAUUUUAGACAGUGAAAUUUCAUCUCACAUUAAUAUCUGAAGUGCUUGUAUUGAAAGUAAAAGGACAGUAGCUAAGGGAAUUUUUUUCAGUCUGAUUCUCUACUAUACUGUGUUUUAAAGGUAAAUGGUCACUCUACCUUUGUAAAGACCUGUGUCUGACACCCAUGUGGCUAAAUAAAUGAGCCUAAACAACUGUCAAAUGAGAUUAAAUAUUUCUAUAUCAAGAUGAAUCUGAUUGUAGUUGAGAUAUAAACUCACAAGAUUUCCUUAGAGCCCUGUAAUUUUGUGAUGUCGUGUGCUAUACAGUUUUAAUGUGGUAGGCAGCCUACAAACUUAAAGGCAUACUGUAUUUUGUUCAUAAAGGUGUUCAGUCUUCUUUAUAACUGUAUUGAAUGGUUAAUUAAAACUGUGAAUCCUUGUGUUACUAGUUUCAGAGUGGUAUUAAAUAAGUUAAAAUGCA